AUGCGUUGUCUGUUGUGCACUGCGCUGCUCUUGCUGUGUUGUGCCUACGGGUGCAUUGCAGCUGUUGUGCAGCCGCUACCGCAGAAAGGACAGGGUCCCUGGGAUGCGUACGUUGUCUCUGCUCCGAAAACUGUUGAUGAUGUACCUGAGAAGAAAGACUUUCAACCCAUUCGUUUUGCUGUUUCUGCCAAAGAAGUGGAUAGGGUGUUAAAGUACUGUAAACAGUGGAAAAAAGAUCCUUCGGCUAAAGACGUAUAUGAUAAUGAAUAUGGAUUUACACUUGAGGUUGCAAAUAGUAGAUUCCAUUUCUGCAAGGAGGAAAGCAAGAUGACAGCUGCAAAGAAAAGAAUUCUUUUGAUGGAUGUUCUUCCUGCUGCUCUCAAGUUACACAGUGAACGUCUCAGUAUUGACCCUGAAAAGGAGAAGUUGAAGUUACCUUUUAAGGAGGAGAAUCAAAAGUAUCCAGUUUUGCCUAAUUGUACAGAUGUCUCAAUUCCCAAAGAGCAUCGAGAUGAAGGUAUAUCCAACGCUGAUUUUAUGCUGUAUGUGGGUCUCACAGAGGAGUAUAAACCCGUAAAGAUUUGCUCUAGAAAUGAAAAAAAUCAUCGUCCUACAUCUGCUUUUAUUAAAUUUAUACCCAGGGAAAUUGCUGCGACAAGACACUACAUUCGUUUUGCUGCACAUGAAGUUGCACAUGCUCUUGGGUUUGAUAUUGAAAUAAUGAAGGAGAACAAUGUGAUUGAGGAAAAACAGGAAGGUAACAAGAAGAUCCGUUUGGUGGAAUCCAAGGCUGUUCUUGACAAAAUGAAGGAACACUACGGUUGCUCUGAUGGUAAGUGUGAUGAAGUGAUAAAGAAAGUGGCUUUUGAGAAUGAAUUAUCUGAAGGAGCACCGUUGCACUGGGAACGUCGUAUUGCGAAGGAGGAAUUGAUGAGUACAUACACCUUGGACUUUGAUGUGACUGGGGCGUACUAUACAGCACUAACACUUGCUGUUUUUGAUUCUAUGCCAUUCUACAGCGCCAAUUUCACCAUGGCAGAAUCGAUGAAUUGGGGUAAGAAUGCUGGUUGUGACUUUCUGGAGGGUAAAGAAAAAGACGAAAUAAUAAAGAAAAAAAUAAUACCCGAGAAGUACCGCGAAAUGUUCUGCAACAAAAUCAAAUGGGGUCUGGAGUGUACUUCUGACCGUUUUGCACUUGGGAGGUGUACAAAGGAGAUGGAUCUGACAGACCGUCAAUUUAUCUCCUCAGAGUAUGCGUUCUUCAACGAUUUAACAUCUUCGGCGAGUGGCAUGUAUGACCUGACGGAUGGUUAUCCCAUUAUUAAACCUAUUUAUACAACAAGCUGUGAAAGUGGGAACUUAAGUCUUAUGCCUGGCAGUAUUGUGGGAAACACAUCACGAUGUCUGAAAGGUGACAAGCUGAAACUGAAUAAGGGAAACAAAUUUGCCCUCUCUGUUGGUGAUAUUUGUGCGGAUGUGAAGUGUGACAAAGACAAUAAGAAAGUAAUGGUGCGGUACAGUGGGAGUGAAAUUUGGCAUAAUUGCAGUGAU